AUGUCAGUUUCCACCCCGACCGGGAUGGCAAUCGCAGAAUACCUAGCAUGGCUGGGCCGCUUUCUACUUCAGCCUAGUCACAUCGCCGUAUUGAUUGUGUUCUGGCUAGCAGGAUCUCUAUACUAUGCAAUCUCCAUACGUCCUCGCUUCUUCUCUCCCUUACGCGGUACCACAGGGCCACCCGUAAGAGUAUCCUUACUAGGGCACUUCCGCGAGACAAUGAGGAGCGAACCAGGCGUUGCGGAGAUGCAGUGGACGCGCGAAUAUGGACCUGUCGUGCGGACAGUUGGUCCUUUCGGUGGGGAGCGCAUGAUCUUCUUGCGUCCCGAGGCGCUGCAGAAGAUCCUUGUGAGCGAAUGGACGGAUUACGAACGCCCAAAGCCGAUGCGGAAUCUGCUGGGACUUGUGGCCGGAUAUGGCCUCCUUACGACAACAGGGAAUGAGCACAAGCAAAUGCGACAUGCCAUGAACCCGGCGUUCUCGCUAUCCAACCUCAUGAAUCAGACUGAUAUGUACUUUGACACUAUCGACGUCCUGGUUGAAUCCAUGCAAUCUGAGCUUGAGGGCUCUGCUGAGGGGAAGGUCCUACAUAUGUACGAAUGGAUGAAUAAGGCCACACUCGACAUCAUCUGUGCAACAGCUUUCGGAUACGACUCGGACUCCUUGCGCGACCCGCACAACCCCUUGGCGCGAGCAUACGAGUCUUUGACCUCUCUUCAAUCCGGACCAACAAUGGCGAAGAUAAUGGGCAUCCUUAUGCUCCCAUUCGCGCCUGCGCUACUCAAGACACGACUAGGGCUGAAGAUGUCACCUCUCUUCCGUCGGAUUUGGCUGUUCGGACCGCCGAUAGCGACGCUCGUGGAGACGACGCACCAGAUCCGUGAACUCAGUCGCGGCAUCCUUCGGGAGAAACUCGUAGACAGCGAGGGCGAGAUCAAGGGCGACCGGGAGACGAAGAAGGAUAUCAUGAGCUUGCUCGUGCAAGCUCGUCAAGGUAGCGCGAAGGAUGGGUAUCAGCUGAGCGACGAGGCGCUUGUGGACCAGGUAUUGACCUUCCUCGGCGCCGGGCAUGAAACUACCGCUUCUGGGCUAUCAUGGGCACUGUGGCUCCUUGCCAAUCAUCAAGACGUACAGAGCCAGUUGCGAUCAGAGCUUGAGCCGAUCUUCACUACAAACGAUCGCCCUAGCUACCGUGACUUGAAGGAACUCAAGCUUCUUGACUGCGUCGUCAUGGAGGCACUCCGGCUCCUUCCUCCCGUUCCCAUCACCGUUCGUCAGGCCGGCAAAGACGACUGGAUCGACGGCGCUUUCGUACCCAAAGGGACCUUACUCUAUAUAUCCAUCCGCGCCAUCAACACUUACGCGCCCGUAUGGGGAUCCGAUGCCGCGGAGUUCAAGCCAGAGCGCUGGUUGAAACUUCCUCCCACCUACGACUCGACCUUCAGCUUCCAAAGCUUCAUCGCCGGACCGCACGGGUGUAUUGGGAAGACCAUGGCAAUCAGCGAGAUGAAGGCUGUCGUAGCCUCCAUGAUUGCACACUUCGAGUUCAGUCCGUCGUAUGACGGCCAGACUGCUAAGCCCACGGCAGGUGUCACCAUGAAGCCGGCCGAUAACAUGCCUCUUCUUGUCAAGGCUUUCGACCGUCGACCCUUAUCGGCGCUUGGACACCAUCUCGACCGCGGCCACGUAGGCUUCGUCCGGGAACCAUCGAGCGCACUGGCUAUCAAGCUUCUCGUAAAGAGCUUCGCCCAUGAUUUGCGGCCGGGAUCGCUCUCGUCCGCUAUCUGCAAAUCAAUUACCCCAGAACAUCACGGAGUGCUGCUCCCUGUCAACUCGAAGGCUUGCAAGCUCCACCUCUUAUGCCUCUCAUUGUCGCCUUGCUUAUGUUGA